CUCUAUUGGCUUUGCCCCCUGGUGCCCUUGCCUGCUCCCCAAGUUUUAUUCCAGCCUGCUUCUUCCGCAGCUUAGGGAAAAGCGUCCAAAGCUUUGCAAGCGUCUACGUAUUUACUUAUUACAGAAAACAAACAAACAAAACCCCACACACCAAACGUCAGCUGUGGGACAGACGCACUAUACACAUACACACACAUACACACACAGGUUUUCUCCCCAAGGCUGCCCAAGCCAGCUUGGGAGGCCCGGGAUGCACCCAGAAUUGGCCCUGCUGCAGUGUUAGCGCCUCUGCGCUCUGUGAGCUCUGUGAGGGGUUGCUGGGGGAAGAAGGAGCCCCAGGCAGUGCCCCGUUUGGUGUCUGGGCUUUUCGGCCUUGGUCCCUCGCCAUCAAAUCCUAAAGGGCAUCAUCGACAAAUCGGCUCUGGCUACUGAAAAGAAAGGGUCUACGAUCUGGGCCCCAGCCAUGUCCCGGCCUCUCAGGAUGCCCCUAAACAAGAAGCCUGAGGAACAAAGGGGAACUCCCCCCUACCCCGACAGAACCAAAUCUCUCUAUCGGCGCAUAACCGUCAGUGGGAGAGUAGCGGCCUCAGCCAAGGCAAGCCAACCUGGGCGGGAGAGGAACAUUACAGCCUCGGGAGCGACUAGGCUCCCGCAGGCUCCCAGCUCCCGAUUUCCACCCCCAGCCUCAUACAGCUCGGACGCAAUCAUCUCGCAGCUUUCAGGACCCGAAGAGGGAGCCCAGGACCAUGAGAGCUGCAAGAGUCCUGGCUUCCAAACGUGCCAGGGACGCCUGAGAUGCCAGGCCUCUAGUAGGGAGAGUCUGCUCUCCUCUCAGCUACAUUUGUGAUUUACUUUCGUCUUUCGGAGCACAGGAAAAUAACUACGGUGAUACUAGGCACAGCCACGAAAUGGUUCCAUUAGUUCCCGCAAUUUAUUCCCGGUGGUCUUAGCGAGAUCCCAAUAGCUCUACCCACGGAUCCCAGCUUCCAAGCAGCCUCGGAGGCCAUUGGGUAUCAGGGCCCACUCUCUGGGUUCUCCAAGAACCCUGCUACCUGGGGCCAGGCUGGCCAGAGGAACCGGACUAAGGAUGAAGAUCUUCCAGGCUGGAUAAAUAAGCAAAUCAGAUAGCAAACUAAUGACACGAAAAACAUAUUUACACGGAAGAAAAAAAUGAUUCUGGUUAUACGAGUGUAUGGAAUUUGACCUCGCCUCGGAGAAACACUACACAAAAGCUGUCUUUAAUAGACGCCUGUGGUUUAAGAGCGGCAGGGACACUGUCCUUCAUGCGCUCACAAAAACAGAGCCGUAAUUGUGGCUGCUGCUGUGGGCAGGAUUUAUUUCUUCAAUUGGCUAAAUCGUCUUCCCUUCCUCGAAGGUGAUAUCUGUGUUUUCAAAAUUCACAGCUGCCGGCCGGGCGGGCAAACCGACCCCAACCUCUACACAAAAAUAAGAGGGGAUACAAAGCCGGGGAAAUAAAGUUGUUGUAAAUAAUUCUAAGUCACCACCUCCCCCGAAUCCUCUGUAUCCUCGCCGGGCGUGCGAUCGGCAGCUGACGGCCUCACAAUUGGUACAUCCUAAUGGAACUGCGAGGGAAAUGCAAUAAUUUUGCCAUAAUGGGCUGUAACCUCAAUUCGACCCCGGCCCUUGCAGCCCGAGGUCGGAAGCGAAGCGAUGCUCCCAGUCUCCAGCGGGUGGCGCUCGAGUCCGACUGAACGGCGGCAGCGGGUGGCGGGCACGCGCCCAGGGCGCGCGCGCCACCCCUCUCGCCUCCACCCAACUCCCCCAUUAGUGCACGAGUUUACCUCUAGAGGUCAUCAGGCAGGAUUUACGACUGGACAACAAAAGCACGUGAUUCGAAGUCGUACCCCAUAUUUGGGUGCCUACGUAGGAGGGAACCGAGUACAUGUCCCAGUCAUUUCCAUAAUUCAUCAUAAAUUGUGCAAGGGUGCUAUAGACGCACAAACGACCGCGAGCCACAAAUCAAGCACACAUAUCAAAAAACAAAUGAGCUCUUAUUUUGUAAACUCAUUUUGCGGUCGCUAUCCAAAUGGCCCGGACUACCAGUUGCAUAAUUAUGGAGAUCAUAGUUCCGUGAGCGAACAAUUCAGGGACUCGGCGAGCAUGCACUCCGGCAGGUACGGCUACGGCUACAAUGGCAUGGAUCUCAGCGUCGGCCGUUCGGGUUCCGGCCACUUUGGCUCCGGCGAGCGCGCCCGCAGCUACGCGGCUGGGGCCAGUGCGGCGCCCGCCGAGCCCAGGUACAGCCAGCCGGCCACGUCCACGCACUCGCCACCGCCCGACCCGCUGCCCUGCUCAGCGGUGGCCCCCUCGCCCGGCAGCGACAGCCACCACGGCGGGAAAAACUCCCUGGGCAACUCCAGCGGCGCCUCGGCCAACGCCGGCAGCACCCACAUCAGCAGCAGAGAGGGGGUUGGCACGGCGUCCGCAGCCGAGGAGGACGCCCCUGCCAGCAGCGAGCAGGCGGGCGCCCAGAGCGAGCCGAGCCCGGCGCCGCCCGCUCAGCCCCAGAUCUACCCCUGGAUGCGCAAGCUGCACAUUAGUCACGACAACAUAGGUGGCCCAGAAGGCAAAAGGGCCCGGACGGCCUACACGCGCUACCAGACCCUGGAGCUGGAGAAAGAAUUCCACUUCAACCGCUACCUGACCCGCCGAAGAAGGAUUGAAAUAGCACAUGCCCUUUGCCUCUCCGAGAGACAAAUUAAAAUCUGGUUCCAAAACAGGAGGAUGAAGUGGAAAAAAGAUAAUAAGCUGAAAAGCAUGAGUAUGGCCGCGGCAGGGGGGGCCUUCCGCCCCUGAGCAUCUGAGCGGCCAAAGUACUGAGCAGUAGUAGCGGGCAGCUCUCUGUAGUGUCAGUACUAAGGUGACUUUCUGAAACUCCCCUUGUGUUCCUUCUGUGAAGAAGCCCUGUUCUCCUUACCCUAAUUCAUCUUUUAAUCAUGAGCCUGUUUAUUGCCAUUAUAGCGCCUGUAUAAGUAGAUCUGCUUCUGUUCAUCUCUUUGUCCUGAAUGGCUUUGUCUUGAAAAAAAAAAUAGAUGUUUUAACUUAUUUAUAUGAAGCAAGCUGUGUUACUUGAAGUAACUAAAACAAAAAAGAAAAAAAAAAAGAAAGAAAGAAAAAAAGAGAAAAAAAAAACUACACACACAAAAAAGACCCCCCCCUCGACCUCGUUUAGUGCCAAUGUUGUGUGUUGCACUUGAGUUCUUUAAUGUGCAUGUGCGUGGAAGUGUUCCUGUCUCAAUAGCUCCAAGCUGUUACAGAUAUUUUUAUUCAGACUACCUAUAUUCCUUGUGUAAUUAAUGCUGUUGUAGAGGUGACUUGAUAAGACACAACUUAACUUGUUCAACGUGUAGUGGCUAGUGGCUCUGUGACGAAAACUGUGACUCCAAGCGGUGUGUCCCUGCGUGCCUUUGUAGGACCCUUUGCACGAACUCUGGAAGUGGCUCUUAUAAGCGCAGCUUCAGUGAUGUAUGUU